GCCCAAAGCUCCACCAUGGCUCUACCUGGAUGUGCACAGCCCUGCCUGCGGCACAGCACCCUGGCACUCCUGCUCCUCAUUGUGGCUCCUGCCACCAGCCUGCCGUGCCAUCACCUGCGGACCCACGAUAUUGGGGAUGCACUGCAGCUUCUCCAGGACAUGGCUCCAAGCACGACACAGCCCUGCGAUCUCCGAGAGCCGCCCUUCUUCCCCGACACCCUUCUGCACAACAACCUCCACCCGCCACAAGCCGCCGCCACCGCCCUACGCAUCCUCCAGCACCUCUUCCACACCCUCAGCGCCAACGGCACCCGCCAGCACUGGCCCGCCCGGCCUCGCAGCCACCUCCUCAACAAACUCCAGCACCACAUCCACCACCUCGAGCAAUGCCUCCCCGACAGCGCUUCGCUCUUCAAAGGACCACGCAACCCGCUGCUCACCAUCAACAAGUACUUCAGGGACAUCCAGCUCUUCCUCCACGCCCACAACCACAGCGCCUGCGCCUGGGACCACGUCCGCCUCGAAGCUCGCGCCUCUCUCCAGCACCUCCACAGCCUCGCACGCACCAUGCGCCGCUAGCACCAACACCCACGCCACAACCCGCCCCCACCACGUCCCCAACACGCUCCCACACCUACACCCCAAACCCACGUCACCCCCCAACCUGGGACAACGGACACGCCUCUAACCACCGCACGGCACCCGCAGCCGACAACCACUGCCUCUCCAUUGAUACAGCCUCUACCGGGGAUUCGCACAAAGGACUUUCUCG